CUGAAGAAAAUUGUGAAACAUAGGAUUCACGGGUCAUGUCCGUUGGAUUCUUUUUUCGAGGAGGAUGAUGAAAAAAUAGUCCAUGCUGAAGAGUUUGAGUUGUGGAUUCAUAAGGGUCUUCUACAUCAUCCUAUUAUGAGGCAGGAUUGGGAGCAUGGUACUAUCGAUCCACCUCUUGAUUUUAACGUUGCUAAAAUUAGUGAUAAGGCAUGGUUUUAUUGCGCCGGGAUUUUUUUUGCGAAGCCACAUAUUGAAGUUACUUUCUACUACUUGAGGAAAAUCCGGUUGUAUUCGAAUUCGGAAAGAGCCGUGAGAUACACAACUACUGAUCCACUUUUUGAUGAAACAAUCAAGUCGUUGUAUAUGAGGUGUAUUGAGCAUGCGUCGGAAAGUGUCAUUAAUGUAUCCAGCCUCAUUUCUGAUUAUAUAAUGGGUUACAAACAAAUAUGUGGAAAACCAUGGGUUGAAGUUGAUCACGUUCUAUUCCUGAUAUACAUUGAGCUAGACGAAGUAGGUCGGUGGAUCCUUAGCAUACUUUCGUUCUUUGAUAGAUUAUUUUAUGUUUAUAACUCGCGUUGGUCGGUAAAUGAUGAUUCCGAAGUUGCAAAGUCUGUGAAGUGCUACUCAGAUAUCUUGCCAAUUUUUUUGGACCUUGUUGGAUUAUAUAAGAAAAGGUGUGAUAUCAAACAGAAGAAUUGGCAAUAUGCGAAAAAGAAAAAUUCUGAGCCUUUCGAUAUUGUUAUUGUUAAGGGGUUGCCAGGAGAAAGACUCAGAUUCAAGCUCUAUGAAGAUCUGAGAAUUGCAGUUGAUAACGGUACAGCUAGAGGGACACACUCUAUUGUCUUAGGAGACGACAUUAUAGAAGAAAAUAGAGAAAAUGGGAGCUUGCUAGAUUAUUUCACAUAUGAUCCCUCAAGUGAUGCCUUUAUUCCGUCAAGUACCCAAGAUCCUUUUCCUCCACUAUCUCAUGAGAAUUCUUUCAUGCCAACCUCAACUCAACAACCAUGCUUAGAGCCCUGUCCACCUCCAAGAAAACGAGAUUCUCAAACUAAGGAGAUUCCAGGCUUAACUUCUGAGGAUCGUUUCAAAGUUCUUGAUUUGCUUAAUACUAAAGCAAAAAAAUUGAAGCAGAAGAAUGGCAAAGGGCCCAAAACGUGGCCGUUUUUGGGAGCGGCCUUAGAGCAAAUCACGAACUACGACACAAUGCACGAUUGGAUUCUUGAGUAUUUGUCGAAAUCAAGAAACGUAGUCGUGCCAAUGCCGUUCACGACAUAUACAUACAUUGCUAACCCUGCUGAUGUAGAGCACGUGCUGAGAAAGAAUUUCAGAAAUUAUCCAAAGGGUGAGGUUUACCAUUCAUAUAUGGAGGUGUUGCUUGGAGACGGCAUUUUCAAUGUCGAUGGGGAGCUUUGGAGAAAACAGAGGAAAACGGCUAGCUUCGAGUUUGCAUCCAAGAAUUUGAGGGACUUUAGCACAGUUGUUUUCAGAGAGUAUAGCCUUAAGCUUUCCGAAAUCCUCAGUCAAGCAUCCCACAAUAAUCAGACAGUAGAUAUGCAGGAGCUUCUGAUGAGGAUGACACUUGACUCCAUAUGCAAAGUGGGAUUUGGAGUGGAAAUAGGGACAUUGGCUCCAAACUUACCGCACAACGAGUUUGCUAAGGCAUUUGACUCUGCAAACGUGACGGUGACUCUCAGAUUUAUCGACCCUCUGUGGAGAAUAAAGAAGUUCUUGAAUAUCGGGACAGAGGCCACGCUCAAUCAGGAUAUAACAACCAUCGACAAUUUUACAUACUCUGUUAUCAAGAGAAGGAAGGCAGAAAUAGAACAAGGGUUGGGAAAUAACAAAGAUGAAAAGAUCAAACACGACAUAUUAUCGAGAUUCAUAGAGCUAAGCCAAGAUCCGGACAACAACAUGACAGACAAGAGCUUGAGAGAUGUUGUUUUGAACUUUGUGAUUGCGGGCCGGGACACGACCGCAACAACUCUCUCAUGGGCCAUCUACAUGAUAAUGAGCCAUCAAGAUGUGGCCCAAAAGCUCUACGCGGAGCUAAGAGACUUCGAACGGGAUUUAACUAAGGAUAAUAAUCAUGAGGAUGAUCGAGAGUCGUUUGAUGAGAGGAUAGUUCAAUUUUCGGGACUGUUGAGCUAUGACUCGUUAGGGACGCUUUAUUACUUGCAUGCUGUCAUAACCGAAACACUUCGGUUGUACCCUGCUGUUCCUCAGGAUCCGAAGGGAAUAUUAGAAGACGACGUUUUACCAGAUGGAACAAAGGUGAAAUCAGGGGGAAUGGUGACUUACGUACCGUACUCCAUGGGAAGAAUGGAGUACAACUGGGGGCCCGAUGCAGCUUUGUUCAAACCCGAGAGAUGGCUCAAAGAUGGAGUUUUCCAAAACGCAUCCCCAUUUAAAUUCACUGCGUUCCAGGCAGGACCACGAAUGUGCCUCGGGAAGGACUCUGCUUACCUGCAGAUGAAAAUGGCACUCGCAAUUUUGUGCAGAUUUUAUGAGUUUGAGUUGGUGCCUGGCCAUCAAGUCAAGUACAGGAUGAUGACAAUACUUUCGAUGGAGAACGGCCUCAAACUUAACGUGACCAGACGCCCGUAA